ACUAAAGCCUUAGCUAUCUAUCUCUUUUAUAUGCAGCUUGUAAAGCUUUAUGAUACUCUUGUAAAAACUUUAAAUAAGAAAUGUCAAAUUAUAUCUGGACAAAAUAAAAAAAUUGAUGAAUUAACUGAGAUUAUUUUUGGCACAAAUGUUUGGAAUGCAGGUUAUACUUGGAAAG